UUGGAAAAUCAGAAUCACGUGGAGCUCGUCAUUCCCCUCCGCUCCGUGACCCUCGCUCUGACCCAUCUCCUUCCGUCCGAUUCCCCUCCACCCCUCCGAGCCGUCCCUCCGCCUGGGUCCCCAAUUCCACGCCGCCAUCGCCUCCGCGCCGUCCGCCACCGCCGCCGGCGUCGUCCUGCUCCUCGGCGCAGCCACCUCCUCCGUCCGCCGCCAGGCCGGCGCCGCCUCCGGCUCCUCCACGCCGCGCCCCCUCUGCAGGUCCACACCGGCGCAACUACAUUGCUGGAGCUGUACGCACGUGCUCCUGAAGAAUAGGCCAAGGAGCUCAUCGCCCAACUUGCAGAUUUCCAGGAGGUACGCAGUCAACAGUCCUCAGGAAUGUAUCCCCAUUGAUGGUGAAGUAAUGAACUCAGCUUUUUCUGCGGACACUGGAGCUGACAGGUGAAGUGGUUGAUUUCUUGACAGGGAUAUGCAACAUGGUUGACAUCGAUAAUGUUAGCUUAUCCUGAUAUGCAAUUGGUAUAUUCAGGAUGGUGCUUUACUACCUACUGAGCUGGAGGACCUUUUUUCAACACCACCUGAAAAGUUGACUGUAAACUUUGGAAAAGAACCGUUCUGUUUUGACAUUGUGGUGAGGCAAAUGUUUUUGUUCAUCAACCAUUACCUCACUCAGUUACCUAAAAUUGUUACACUUUUCUGUCGCACCUUGAAAUCCUUAGUGUCUUAGUGAUGGCACUAGCUGUAUAUCAACAGUACUCUUCUACAUCUAUGGUUCAUGCUUCACUUUCUAUUACAAAUUAUCCAUCACAUUUUUUUCAAAUUUGGCUGCAUAGUCAAACACAAUCGAAAGGAAUUUCAAUUGCAUGCGCCCUUGACGCCUUGACCUGCCACCACUAAAAAUAUGCUGCCAUAAAAAAUAUUGAUUUUCCUUUAUGAUGAUGAGUUUAUGCAUGUUAUGUGGAUAUAGUUAUGAUGUAACUGGCUUUAUGCCAUUUACUAAACACUUGAUUCAAGAGUGUUCAGUUGGUGUAUGAUGUCGAUAGCUUUGUUAUCGAUGUAUUCCGCUUCUAUUUGGCAGGGUUAUAUUCUUGAAGAGAAAAUGAGGCAACAAUCGGUGACAGACAAAGUGAAGUUGGAAGAACCAAACAUCAGUCAUUGGUAUGCUUCAGUACACCCAUUUUUUGUUUACUUCAUUGCUUACCACCUGCAUAUCUUCAUUUCCAGCGCCGGCGGCGGGAUGGAGCCGGAGCCCCAACAGCCAAAGGCCACCGGCGGCGGGGGCCACCGCAAGCACCUGGUCAUGCUCGAGCGCCUCUCCAAGCGCUCAUCCUCCUCCUCCUCCGCCGCCGCUGGCGCUUCCUCGGACUCCACCAGCGCCUCCCCCGUCGAGGCCUUCCUCACCCGCUUCGCCGCCGCCAAGCUCGCCGCGGAGUCGGCGCUAUCCGCCUGUCGUGCAUCCUCGCCCGAAGGCGACGCGGCCGCCUCCCUGGCCGCUGCCGCGGCCGCCAUCGAUGACCUCGACCGCCUCGUCGCGGAGUCGUCGCACGCGCUGCCCCCAUACGAGCUGCGAUCCGCCCUCGCCACCGCCGCCGACCUCCGCGCGGCACACAGGGCGGCUGCCUCUGAGAUCCGCCCCAAGAAGUCAUUCUCGUUCAGGAACAAGAGCAGGGCCCCGAAGAACCCGCCUCAAGAUCCUGCCACCGUACCACAACCACAGCCGCCGCCUCCGGAGCAGCCGAAGCCCAGUAUUGACGCGAUCCUACCAGGGUUCGGGUUCCGGGGCAGGAAUGGCGCCACCUUGGUGAAGGAUCUGCGAGUCUCCAACGACAAGGAUGGGGAUUUCACGCUCGCGGAUUUGGUUUCCUGCGAGGUCUAUCUCAAGGGCACAUGCCGGGCGCUUUAUGUCCACAAGCUGAGAGAUUGCCGUGUGUUCGUCGGUGCUGUUCUUGGCUCGGUGCUCAUAGAGGAUGUCGAAGGUUGCACUUUUGUAAUGGCAGCACACCAGAUCAGGAUUCAUGAGGCGAAGGCGACGGAUUUCUACCUGCGGGUGAGGAGCAGGCCGAUCAUUGAGGAUUGCAGUGGUGUGAGGUUUGCACCACAUGCUUUGGAGUAUGAUGGGAUUGAUGAGGAUUUGAAGGAGUCCGGGCUCGAGGAGGAGACUGGUAAUUGGGCUAAUGUGGAUGACUUCAAGUGGCUCAGGGCAGUGCAGUCACCGAAUUGGUGUUUGGUUCCAGAGGAAGAGCGGCUGCAGAUUGUCGACAUUUCAGAGGUUCACGAACAGGAGGAUGAUAGCUGAGCUACUUGGGAGGGUUUGCUGUCAGUCUAAUUUUGGUUUAUCCUUCUGGGUUCUUGGUUGGUUAUUGAAUAGUUUAUGCCUAUGCCUUAUAUGGGAGUUAGGUUUUGUUUUUUGGGACAAUGUACAAACCCUUGCUGAAUUGGGAAAGUGAAGAAUGGAAUUGUUAGUGUAUCAAAACAAUAUUGUACACUCUGCAUACCCAAUAGUAAUAAGGGCACACAUUUUGGUUGCAGAUCUGGUGUUGUAGCAUCAGCACUUCUUUACAGCUAUGUGGAGAAAAGAAAUUGUCUAUCUGAUUCUGUGAUA